GCUCGACUCGGGAGCCAAGGUCGUCCAUGAGGUCCUGCAGCGGAAUCGCCCGGGCAAGGAUGAGAACCUCUACACGGUCCUCGUCUCUUGCAUCGGUAGCGAGGAGGAUGAAGACUGCGACGAGUUUCAGGCACGUGCAGCGCAGCUGGUCGUCCGGUCCCUUCUCGCUGCCGCGAAG